UGAGUUGAGUUGAGUUGAGCACCGCGGGGUGGUUUUGGUGAGUCCCCCACUCGGGAUGAGUCUACCCCAGGACCUGCCGGAUCUUUCCGCCGCCUCCCAGGGGAGCCCAAGUUUGAGGAGAGACAGCUACACAGUGCAAGUGAGUGUCAACGAUUACCUGGACAUCUACUGUCCACACUACAACUGGUCUGUCCCCGAGCACCGAGUGGAGCAGUACAUCCUCUACAUGGUGAACUACGAAGGCUACCAGACAUGUAACCCCAACCUGGGAUUCAAACGCUGGGAGUGUAACCGACCCCGCUCCCCGCACAGCCCUAUCAAAUUCUCCGAGAAAUUCCAGCGCUACAGUGCUUUCUCACUGGGCUACGAGUUCCAUGCUGGUCAGGAGUAUUAUUACAUCUCCACUCCGACCCACCAUCAUGGAAGAACCUGCCUGAAGAUGAAGGUGUUUGUCUGUUGCGCCACGUCAACACAUCCCAGAGAGAAGCAUGUGCCAACCCCCCCUCAGUUCACAGUGGGUCAUGACAUGAAGACCAUAGAGGAUCUGGGGAACUACAAUCCCGAGGUCCCCAAGCUUGAGAAGAGUGUGAGCGGCAGCAACCCGAGCAGAAAACACCUAAAACUGACCGUGGUCUUGGCCUUGAUGCUACUCUUGACUCUCUUAGCCUCCUAGCUCUGCCGCCGGGGCCUGGCCUUGAGUGACCCAAAGCCUUGGGCGUAC